AAAUUGAAACAAGAAUGAAUUGUUUCUGAGGUAUUAAACUGUAUAAUAAACCCAUAUAAUAGUCUUUAAUGUAGUAUGUAUAAUUUGAACGUUAUAAACAAUUACAAUUAUAUUCACUUAUUAUAAUAGUUAACAGUAAAAAAUUAUGGUUCUCAUUUGAAGAAAUAAGUGUAUCAUCCCCACUAGAAACUUCUUAAAUGGUAAAAACAAACAGUGCAUUUAAAAAAUGGUCUUAUAUUAAAUGUUAUACCUACUGAAAAAUUCCAAAAAUCAAAAUUUGAUUAAUUAAAUCAAUAAAUAAAUUAAAUGCUUAAUUAAAAAAAUGCAUUAUGGUGUUGACCGUGUUUGAUGAAUCACUCCGUAUAUAACUAUUAUAUUUUGCAGAGCUAACUUGCCUUUACUUAUACAUCGCAUGUAUACAUAUAGCCAUAUAGGUAUAAUGGGUAUGUACAUAGUUCAGAGUGCGCUUGAAACACGAAAAACGGUGUGUGUAGCUGCUAGUGCACGCGUUCACGUCGUUCAACGUAGUCGCUUAUUAUUAGUGUUGUUUCAAUUGUUGUUAUUAUUAUUUUUUUCGACAUGACGAGUAACAACAUCAAGUUGUCAAACAGCGGUGGCGGUAAACACGUACGGUCGCAUAGCCUAAAAAGCUUUCCAGCAGUGGCCGUUGCGGUUAUCGAUAAUAAGAAACAGCCGGACAACGGCGUCGUGGUAGCUGCAGGGAGCGAUCCACAAACAACAGUAAAAAUGACAUCAACGUGGAAACAGGCAUGUGAUCGAACUAGAGAUCGAACUAAACAACUGUUACGAAGAACAAUGUCGUGGAAAAGUAAUACGAUCAUAAUGCAGCCCGAAGAACGCAAGCCAGACGAGUUAUCCAGUACAUGGGAAAUACAUGUAUGGGCUUCUUGGAUGAAACGUUAUGCUAGCGAAGAUGGAUCAAAAACAUUGGAUAUUCCAUUUAAACUAUCGCCAUUACAAGAGGAAAAGUUAUUGAUUUUUUUUAAAUAUUAUUUAGACGGCGAUUGCGACGGAUUCGUAUUUGAACACGAUUUCCAUCAGUUUGCAGAGAAAUUAAGACGUUUUGCUGAUUGGUCACCAAAUAGUGAUGAAUAUAUAAUAUUAAAACAAGUUUUAACAGAAUUAAUUCAAGUAUUCAUUCAAUGUGAAAGCGGUCAAAAUGUUGCGUUUACUAGUCUAUCAACAGACGACUGGCUUAAAGUAUGGUGUCAAACGUUAAGCAGGUGUACUGUAGCUUCAGACAUGCCAUUGUGGCUGAAAUAUUUUCAGAACAUAUUGUUUAAGUCUUUGGAUUCAGGUUAUUAUGAUCAUUGUAAAGGUGAAAUAGAAAAAGCAAAUUUACAAAGAUUCUAUUGUACGUUUCUCAAUUCAAACUGUGAGGAAGCUAAGCAAAGUGUGAUCGACGCGAUAUACGAUUCAUUAACGUCAAAUGGAGACUUUAAAUUGGACCGCGACACUUGGGGCCAAUGUUUCGCAAACUGGUUACUGGGCACAAAACCUAAUGGAUGUGGUCAAUGGUUAUUUGGAAAAUGUGGCCCAACGCCUGAAUUUUUCCCUAUCGAUUAUUCUGCUAUGAAUUCGACGGUCGAUACAAGGGAUACUUAUUCACAUAAGAGGCGGAGCGAUAGACAUUCCAUUGUGGUCUAAAGAAAACAGUAAUAAUCAAUAGGUACUUAUUUUUGUUGCCAUGUGGACAAUGUGCUAAACAGUCCAUUUGUGUAUAUUUUGUAUAAAGGAAAUAUAAACAUCUUACCGUUUUCACAUUUCUAUAAA